CUACGGCACUUUCAGCGGUUUAAAUUUUAAGCGGCCCAAUCCUCGCUCCAAACAGAAAAAAGAAAUCCACAAUUAUGUAACCAAGAACAAGUAAAAUUAUUAAUGAAAAAACAGAAAUAUUACCAGAGGAAAACAGGAGAGAGAAAAAAAUCACCUCCGAUUUCAAAAUUUUUGUCCUUUUUUCUCAAAAACUCGGCGAUUAGAUCUUCGAAACCACAUUUUGAUCUACAUUGUUCAGAUCCUAAAUUACUUUUAAAUUUGGUGGAAUUACAAUCAAAUUCCAUAUCUUUUUACUCAUUGUUUUCAAUUUUCGAAGCUAAGAUUUUCAUAGUUUAACGAUUUUUUUCUCUGAUUCUUAAUCGUGCAUAAUUUGCAUUUUGCUGAGCAUUUAUUCAUUGUUUGAUUCGAAAAACAACGCAACAAGAGAGAGAAAGAGAAGCAACGAGUUGACAUUUUGAGAAUUCGACAAUAAUGUCGUUAUCGGCGAUCAGCGAGGAGCUCGGCGAAAUUGAUGGACAAAUUAGUGAUAUAUUUCGAGCAUUAUCAAAUGGGUUCCAGAAGUUGGAGAAGAUCAAGGAUUCAACUAGACAGAGCAGGCAGCUGGAAGAGCUCACUGAUAAGAUGCGGGAGUGUAAAAGGCUUAUUAAAGAAUUUGAUCGAGAAGUGAAGCAUUUGGAAGGCAGGAAUGACCCGAACACAAACAAGACGAUGAGUGAGAGAAAACAGUCUAUGAUUAAAGAGUUGAAUUCAUACGUUGCUUUGAAAAAGCAAUAUGCAACCAACCUUGAAAAUAAACGAGUUGACCUAUUUGAAGAGCCUGGCGAAGGAAUAGGAGAACAAAAUGUUUUGUUAGCAUCCACUAUGACAAAUGAACAGCUCAUGGAUCGUGGAAACAGAAUGAUGGAUGAAACUGAUCAAGCCAUUGACAGAGGAAAGAAGAUUGUUCAAGAGACUAUUGGUGUUGGAACAGAAACUGCAGCAGCUCUCAAAGCCCAGACUGAACAAAUGAGUAGGAUUGUUAACGAAUUGGACUCUAUUAAUUUCUCGUUAAAAAAAGCUACGAAGCUAGUCAAGGAAAUCGGGCGACAGGUUGCUACAGAUAAAUGUAUCAUGGCUUUGCUUUUCCUUAUAGUGCUUGGAGUCAUAGCCAUCAUUAUUGUGAAGAUUGUAAACCCAAAUAACAAAGACAUUCGAAAUAUUCCCGGAUUAGCACCACCAGCUCAAUCACGAAGAUUGCUUUCAUAUCCCUACUGAAGUCACUAGCAAAGAAGAAGCUUCUCCAAGUUCAUUCCCAGGAUUCUGAUUUUGGUUUUUUGCUGUUCAUGUAAGCGUGUGAAUGAUUUUAACUGCACCAAGGUCAUUCUGAACCUGCGCCAUUUUAGUCAAGAAUAUAUCCGAAUUGGCAAAAACCUGGCUUUUGUAAGAUAUGUAUUUGAUUUGAAGCCUUCGUUACCCCUUGCCAAGAAUAUAUUCUAGCUUAAAGCAAUGGGUUCAGAGGAGAGAUGUUGUAAAAUCUAUCAUUCCUGUAUUACUGUAAUUUUGUGCACAAAUGCUUUUUCAAGUGAGAAAACCGGCAGCAUUCACACAUGAGAUGAGUUGCAACCUUUGUAAAACCAUAUUCUAAGUUCUAUCUGUGCGAACUUUUUUGUAAAACCGGCAGCUUUCAUAUCUCUACAACUUUUUGAUAUUCUUUCCAGCUUGCUGCUUGUACUAUUGUCAGAUCUUGUAUCUGUGCGAGAGCGAUUAAUUUAAUAGAGUUCAUUGUAUUUA